CUCGCUGGCUCCGCUCUUGCAGCAGACCACAAGGUCGUUGUUGGAACAAAGACUGGCGACCUGGUCUUCAAGCCAGACAACAUCACCGCCGCCGAGGGAGAUACCGUCACUUUCAGUUUCUGGCCUAAGAACCAUUCCAUCGCUCAGGCCGCCUUCAACUCGCCUUGCCAGCCUAUGAACAAGGGAUUCUGGUCCGGCUUUGUCCCUACCUCAGACACAAGCAAAGUUGCCAACUGGACAUUUACAUAUGAGGUCACUAAUGCCUCUACUCCCAUCUGGUUUUACUGCACACAAGGCAAGCACUGCCAGAGUGGCAUGGUCGGUGUGAUCAACCCACCUGCUACUGGUGUGAAGACUCUGGCUGCCUUCAAGAAUGCCUCUGCGGAGGUCGACAACAAUGUAUCGCCCACCGUCAAGGCCGGCACUGGUGGCAACCUCACUGAGAGCUCUGCAUCUUCGACAUCAUCUUCCAGCACACCUACAUCCUCCUCUGGCGCCGCUUCGCACAUGUCCGGCUCCGUCGCUUUUGCUGGACUUGCU